AUGCCUUCUCCUUCCGUACCCUCACUCCCCGCCGCCCGUCAGGCGCAGAUCAUUCGCGCGCAUCAGAGGGAUUUGUACCAUGUUGCUUCGCUGAGAGAGCAGGCCGAGGGCGUGGUGCGCUCGUGGCUGGGUACACGCUGGUUGACGCGCUGGGACAAGGAGGUUGAAUUUGUUGUCAAGGCGCUGUAUUAUGGAAUGACCUCUGGACGAGCUAUUCAGACGUUGGGAGAAGAGUACACUGACAUAUGGGCACGCUCUGCUUCGAACAACAAACUGCCUUCGCCGCUCAUCAGGGCCGCACUUGUCCUCGUGCCCACCUUGCCGUCCUAUGUACUCUCAAGGUGGUCUUCGAAUCUCAAUGCGGUCCAAAGACGGUCGCCUGCGCUCGCAACGUAUCUUCGAUCGUUGCCGUUUUACCUUGAAAUGGCUACGGAGGUGAACUUGGCAAUCUUUUACCUCCGAGGCACAUACUAUGACCUGUCCAAGAGGGUGCUUGGUGUUCGUCAUCUGUCCUCGAUACCAGAGAACCCGAACGCACGGCCGCCUUCAUACUCGCUGCUUGGGAUUCUCAUCGCAGCGCGGCUCAUCUAUCGGCUCAUCUCUCAUUUGCGGAGCAAGACAGAGGCACGUCAGCGGACCGCAGAGGGCAAGAUGGCCAUCGACGACAGGAAAGCGACGUUCGUAGACGGACAGCUCGUCUCGGCCAUGCUCAAUGCGCCCGACCCCGAGUCGCAGCCCGCGAAGCCGGCUGAGGAGGACGUAAACACGGUUCUCGAUAUUGCGUCUGUCCCGUCGGGUAUUAGAGCGGGUCGGUCGUGCACACUUUGCUUGGAGGAGCGGACGGAUAGCUGUGCGACGGAAUGCGGGCAUUUGUUUUGUUGGUCGUGUAUUGUUGGGUGGGGUAGAGAGAAGGCCGAAUGCCCGCUCUGUCGACAGUCGCUAACACUCACGCGUCUACUUCCCAUUUAUAACUUAUGACCAUCCAGAUGGCGUUGCGAUUGCAUCGGGGUUGUAACCGCGAGGGGUCUGCAUUAGAUUAGCAUGUGCAUUUUCAGCAUGUACGACGUUUACAGCACAUUUUUACGCUUGAUGGGCGUGUAAGAGAGGAAUAUAUGGUAGCGUAAUCGGGCAGUUUACGAAGCUUGUUGAAUAAGGGUGAUGUUGUCGCCCUUGAGCAGUAUCCGACCAAGUUCUCGUCGGGGUUUCGCGUCUUUGACAAACACCUCGGCCGCUUCAUCUAUCACGACGUUCAUGAAUUCGUCAAAGCCGAUGAUGCGACCCUCGAUACGCAUUUCGACGUUGUCAUACAGCCAAAUCACGACUUUUGAUCUUUGCUGGAGAUUUUUGAAGAUGACGUUGAUGGGCUGAACCAUCACCCUCUGCUGACGAUUAGACAUGUUGGGCAG